UAUAGCACGUCUUUCGCAACUCUGUUUCAAAAUGGUAAUGAAUUUAAAAAGACUUUUAAAAUCGAUCCCGGGACGUGACAAUUUGCCACCAUGGAUAUGUAUGAAAGAACCCAAUCUUAUUUUAUCAAUGCUUAUUCCAGGACCUAAGAGUCCUGGAGAUGCGAUUGAUAUAUAUCUCCAGCCGUUAAUUGAAGAACUGAUGGAGUUGUGGGAAGUAGGUAUCGAAAUUUUUGAUGCCUCAACUCAUCAAAAUUUCAAAUGCGUGCUGCUUUAUUAUGGACAAUUAAUAAUUUUCCGGCAUAUGGUAAUUUAUCUGGAUGGAGCACGAAGGAAAAAUUGGCAUGUCCUUGUUGUAAUAAGGAGACGUUUUCAAUUAGAUUGGCUAAUGGUUGUAAGCAUUGUUAUAUGGGCCACCGACGCAAUUUACCUAUCAAUCACAGAUGGAGGAAUGACAAGUCCUCAUUUGAUGGUACUAAGGAGAGAGGGUUGCCACCAAAAGUACUCACUCGAGAAGAUAUUCUUGAACAAGUGCAAGACCUUGAAGGAGUUGUGUUAACUAAAGCUGCUAAUAAGAGGCAAAAAAUAUCACAUGGUAUUCGUGGGGAUAAUUGGAAAAAGAAGAGUAUAUUCUUUAAGAAUAAGGUGUAUAAACAAGAUAGACAAUCGGCUAUAGAAGACUUACUUUCUUUAUCACGUGGACCUACCAAAUAUGUGACGUACUAUAAUGGUUAUAUUGUAAAUGGAUAUAGAUUUCAUACUGAAGAGCAUGACAAAGGUUUGAAGACGCAAAGUUGUGGAGUGGUUGUAAUUGGUGACACCGGAACUGAAAAAUAGAUUAUUAUGGGAUAUUAACGGAGAUUGUUGAAUUACAAUAUCUUGGUGGUCGCCGAGUGGUGAUAUUUAGAUGCAAUUGGUGGGAUGUAUAUGAUAAAGUGAAAGGAAUUAAAAUAGAUGAAUAUGGAUUUGUCAGUGUUAAUUGUCAACGCUUGCUGAAAACAAAUGAGCCUUUUGUAUUAGCUACUCAAGCAUCACAAGUUUUUUAUGUUACAGAUAGUAUUACAAAAGGUUGGCAUGUUGUAACAUACCGAAACCUUGGUAAGUAAAUUCGAACCUUGGUCAAAUUGAUCAAAGUGCGA